CUGAGAAGUGGCGGCUGCACCCCGUUCCCGUUCGGGGAGCCGCUUCCCGACACCGGCAUGGGCUCCAAGGCCAAGAGGCGCGUGGCGCUGCCCACCCGCCCGGCGCCCCCCACGGUGGAGCAGAUCCUGGAGGACGUGCGAGCCGCGCCGGCCGACGACCCGGUGUUCACGGCAGCGGCCCUGACGCCCUGCCCGUCCGGCCCCCCAGGCGCCCCCCGGCCGACCGAGGACCCUGAGGCCCCGCGGGAGCAGCUGUACCUGCAGAGCCGAGCCUUCGUGGCGGCCAACGCGCGCCUGCAGCAGGCGGGCAAGGCGCUUGGACUGCGGUGCCAGGGCCUGCUGUGCGCGGGGCAGCAGCUGGAGCGCGACAUGGACCAGCUGGCACGGGCCACGCUGCCCGGGGCCCCGGCUGCCUCCUCCGGCUGAGCCCGCCCAGCCUGGACACACCCAGGACUGACACCCACCCACCCAGGCAGCCUGGAC